AAAAAAAAAAGGACAGUAAGUAAAAUAAUCUAUGCAGUGUUCACCAAUUGGAAACCCCGAGGCUUCUUCCGGAGAGACGGCGGCCACGAGGCUCUGACGGCCGACAGAUUGAGAUUUGGGGCUGACAACUUGACACGCAUACCGGCACAGGGCCCCUCCCGCCAUCCAAUCCCGCGGCAGCGGGGAAGGGAAGAGACGAACCAACGUUACAUAUGCAUUGCAUGUGCAGCGGGAAGGACGGAAGUUCUCUAGCUCUACUAGGGUACUAUUGCGCAGGCUGGCAUGUUACCGUCAGCUUUGAGGGGCGCGGAAGGUUUGGAGAAUCCCGACUGCAGAACCUAUUGGUCACAACAAUAGUUAUGGAUCGGCAAUCUGGUCACCCUGCCAUCCAAAAAAUAGCCUAUAAAAUAUGAGCGGGCGCAACAUCCGCGAUCCCUCUAU